AGUUUUUAGUUUUACUACGUGCGCUGGUUGGAUUUGUUGCCUUCAAUACGCAGAUUUCGAAGUGUACGCAUUAUCGAAUCAACCAGUACUCGGAUUUUGGUUCAGUCGAGCGAAUUAUGCUCAGUGCAUUUCGUUUUGUACAAGUUGCAGCGAGAAGGACCAUAUACACAUCAACAAACGCCAUGGGAUCGUUGAAAGUUGCCGUGAUCGGCCAGUCGCAGUUUGGUUUGGAAGUCUACAAAAACCUCAGAUUAAAAGGCCACGAGAUCGUCGGAGUAUUUACAGUUCCUGAUGUUAAAGGAAAACCAGAUGUUCUUGCGACAGGAGCCGAGCAAGAUGGAGUGAAAGUCUUCAAAUUUCCGAGAUGGAGAACAAAAGGGGAACCGAUUCCCGAAGUUGUAGAAGCGUACAAAGCUUGCGAAGCUGAAUUAAACGUGCUUCCAUUCUGUUCGCAGUUUAUUCCCAUGAACGUUAUUGAUUUCCCUAAACAUGGUUCAAUCAUUUAUCAUCCUUCUUUGCUGCCGAGACACCGAGGAGCUUCAGCUAUCAAUUGGACUUUAAUGGAAGGAGACGAGCAAGGAGGCUUUAGUGUGUUCUGGGCUGAUGAUGGUCUGGAUACAGGUCCAAUCCUUCUUCAAAAGAGUGUAGAUAUUGAUCCCAAUGAGACAGUUGACUCCUUGUACAACCGAUUCUUGUAUCCGGAGGGCAUCAAAAGCAUGGUGGAAGCAGUUGAUUUGAUUAGUGAUGGAAAAGCUCCAAAAAUUCCUCAACCAGAAGAAGGAGCCACUUAUGACAAAAUAUGGAAAAAGAAAGAAGUGGCCAAGAUCAACUUUGCCCAGCCUGCUACUGUGUUGCACAACUUCAUUCGUGGAAAUGAUAAGCUUCCAGGAGCAUGGGCCAUGAUUGAUGGUCAGCAAGUAACAUUUUAUGGGUCAUCACUGACACCUGGCGAUAAACCACCUGAUGGUUCUGCAGUCACAAUUGAAGGCCUGGAAAUGCCUGCCAUAGUGCACAGUGGGGGUAUGACGUUGACAGGAACUGAUGGCAAGAUGUUAACAGUAAAGACCCUUCAGCUUGAGGAUGGACGUAUGAUUCAGGCAUCUAAAUUUGGUCAGGUGGAAGAAGCAGCAGAAGCUAUUGAGCUCACAGAGGAGGAAAGAGCCAUGGAAGGAAAGUUGAGGGAAAUUUGGACAGGAAUUUUGUCAAAUCCUGAUAUUGUUGAAGACACUGACUUCUUCAAGGCUGGAGCUGGUUCAAUGGAUGUUACGCGGCUUGUUGAAGAGGUGAAAGAAAAAUGUUCAAUAGUACUGGAGGCAGAGGAAAUUUAUAUGAAUACAAGAUAUGGAGAUUUUGUUCGAUUGUCUGUCCUGAGGUAUCGUGGAGGAGGACAGGAGGAAUUCAGCUGUAGUACUGUUGACAUGGAUGUGAACCACAUGACCAUACAAAUGCCUCAUCAGCUGUUUAUUAAUGGAGAGUUUGUGGAUUCUUCCAAUGGACGCACAUUUGACACUAUCAACCCAACAGAUGGCUCAGUUCUUGCCAAAGCCUCCCUUGCCAGUGUGGAGGAUGUGGAUAAGGCUGUUGCAGCAGCAAAGGAAGCAUUUUACAAUGGGCCAUGGGGAACAAUGAAUGCUAGAGAUCGUGGACACUUGAUUUAUAAGUUGGCUGACCUGAUGGAAGAACACCAGGAAGAACUUGCCACUAUUGAAUCUCUUGACUCUGGUGCUGUGUAUACUCUGGCCCUCAAGACACACAUAGGAAUGUCUAUUGCCACACUGCGUUACUUUGCUGGAUGGGCUGAUAAGAUUCAGGGACUGACGAUUCCUAUCAAUAAUGCAAAACCAAACAGGAACUUGUGCUACUCAAAACGAGUACCAAUUGGUGUCUGUGGUUUGAUUGUGCCUUGGAACUAUCCACUGAUGAUGCUAGCAUGGAAGAUCUCUCCGCUUUUGGCUGCUGGUAACACUGUUGUGCUCAAACCAGCACAGGUAACACCAAUGACAGCUCUGAAGUUUGCUGAACUCUCUGCCAAAGCUGGAUUUCCCAAGGGUGUCAUCAAUAUCCUACCUGGAUCAGGGUCUGUAGUUGGAAAUCGUAUCUGUGUUCAUCCUGAUAUCAGAAAAGUUGGUUUCACUGGAUCAACUGACACUGGACGGUCGAUAAUGUCAAGCUGUGCCGUCAAUGUCAAGAAAUGUUCAUUGGAGUUGGGUGGGAAAUCACCUCUUGUAAUAUUUUCUGACUGUGACAUGGACAGAGCUGUGCGACAGGGAAUGAUGGCUUGUAUGUUUAACAAAGGAGAGAACUGCAUUGCUGCUGGACGACUUUUUGUUGAAGCAUCCAUUCAUGAUGAAUUUGUGCAGCGAGUGGUGGAAGAAAUAAAAAAGAUGAAAAUUGGGGAUCCACUUGAUCGUUCAACAGACCAUGGUCCUCAGAAUCACAAAGCUCAUCUUGACUCUCUUGUUGACUAUUGCAAGAAAGGUGUGGAGGAAGGAGCCACACUAGUGUAUGGUGGAAAACAGCUUGACAGGCCAGGGUACUUUUUUGAACCCACUGUGUUCACAGAUGUGAAAGACAACACAUUUUUGUCACAAGAAGAAUCAUUUGGCCCAAUUAUGAUUAUCUCUAAAUUUGAAGAUGGUGAUGUUGAAGGUGUUUUGAAGAGUGCCAAUGGUACAGAAUAUGGAUUAGCUUCUGGAGUGUUUACAAAGGAUUUGAGCAAGGCUCUUCGUGUGGCUGAUGGACUGGAUGCUGGGACUUGUUUUGUGAACACUUACAACAAGACAGAUGUGGCUGCCCCUUUUGGUGGGUUCAAGCAGUCUGGCUAUGGAAAAGACUUGGGGGAAGAGGCUCUUAACGAAUACCUGAAGACUAAAGUUGUUACUGUAGAAUACUGAACAUCUGAAUUAUUUUAUUUGUUAUGGAAUGCAGAAAUGGAUGUGCUAAUUUUUGUGAUAAUAUGGUACUUCAUUAGUCUUUUAGGAACCUUUAAAAAGGCUAAAACUGAAAUCUGUUCUGCUAACUCUGGCUCUAGUAAUGAUAGUCUUGACAUUCAGUGGAGUCUCAUUUUCUUUGAUCUCUUGUUGACCAGAGGAAAAAAGUUAGGCCCUCGUCAGUGUUAGUGAUAUUCUGCCUUGCCUUGAAACAUCAACAACAAAUUUCCAGAUGCUGAUCAUGAAAAUGUAAUGUAUUAACUUGUAUAAACAAGAGUACCGGUAUAUUAAGAAGAUUACUGAUUGGAACAGAAUGCUAUCAAUUUUUUUUUUAAUUUAAGUCAAAAAUUUAUCUCUAAUACCAACACCAAGGAGGAAAUAUGUAGUAAGAAUAUUUGAUUUGAUGUUACAAGAGGUUUCAAAGAAAAUAUGUUUGUACUGUUAGCCCUUUAACUCCCAUUAGUGACCAAGACACAAUUUCUCCUAACAAUAUCAAUACAAUAUCAAGCAGACAAGUGAUGAGAAUGAAGGACGAUAUCAAUAAGGGGAUUAAAGUGGUUGAUCAAACACUAAAUUCUCCCAACUAACAUCUUAAGGAUUGUAUGGUAGAGAGUAAGGAGAAUUUCUGAUGAGAUCUUGGGAGUGUAUUUGUAAGGGUUAAUUUGUAGAAAUUGCAGCAGAGAUACAAUGACAGAAAUCAUUUUCUAUUGAGUUGUAGGUUGAAGUAUGUUAGCAAUUUUUAUCCAUUGGCAUCAUAAGUAAUAUAUGGACACAAGUUAAGUUGACAAACUGACAGUAGUUUAGCAUGGUCUGUACUCUUGUUGACAGUGAUAUUUUUAAACCACUGUUGCUUUGUUUUUACCAGUAUCAACUGCAAAUGAAAUGAUUAUUUCAGUGCAUGACCUCUGUGUGACAUGUUGAUGCACAUAGCAUUGUCUGCACUCUUAUCAACAAUGGCAAAUUGGCCAAUCAGAUUGUACAAUUAUUGCCAAUUGUGAUAAAAAACUUUUUUAUAUGGAUCCAGGUCAAAAGGGGUAUCAGAUCACAAGGAUUUUCUAAAUAUUGAAUGACUUGCAUGCCGUAGUUGAGUUGUACAUGUACAUGUAUGUAGAUAUUUUGAGCAAGCCCACAGCCAAUAGGAAGAAUAGGAAGUCACUUAAUUUGCAUGCACUUUGUUGCCUGAGCACAAGCAAUAAAUUUUGACAGUAUUCUAUUUUAGAGAUUUAGACUUGCUGCUAAAUUAUUGUGCUGCACUGUGGCUAUUAUUCAUGUCUGGCUUCAGCAAUUAUCAUUUGCAGUGCUAAUUUGCAGCAAGGUGAAGGCAAAUUCAUCUAAUCCAUUGUUAAAAUCUCUGCAAUAUUUAAAUUAUUGUCAAAUUGUGUAGUACAUGCCAUAUUACUUUUUUAGAUGUCACAAUAUGUCCUAUUUUGUCGCGUAGCGACUGAAAAAAAAAUGUCUGUUUAGUUAUACUAUUCAUAGUGAAUAUCAAAAAUGAUUAAUUUUGAUAUUAGGUAAUUAGUGCCUGCUUUAAGCUUUAGAGAGACAACUAUUGCAUGUACUUUAUUUUUGAGCUGCUUAAUGAAUGAUGCCAAUUAAAAGCUUUAAGCUGUUAUUGAUUGAA